AGAGGAGCCGCGCUUCAGGCGAGCAAAUUGGAAGGCUGCUGAACUACUUGACGGAGUGCCCGGGACUAGCAGCGGGCAAAUUCCAAAAAAUGCACGGCAAGUCUGAGAGCGACAGGAAGUGGAGUGAGCUGGCGGCAAGUGUAAAUACCAUCGGCGGAGAUGUUAAGACUGUCGAACAAUGGCAAACAGUGUGGCGCGAUCUGAAAAGCCGUACAAGUAUCAGGGUACGGGACAGGAAGAGGCAGCAAGCGUUAAGCGGCAACCGGCCGGUUAAUCAAGAGCCCAUAACAGAGGUUGAGAGGUGAGUUAUGGCGCUCAUCGGCAGCGAGUACGUUGAGGGCAAUGGAAGAGCUGUCGAAAAUGUGCCUGUGGAAGAGAAUUUGCAAUUACGUUUGGAGGAUGGAGACGAUAGUGUUGCCUCCGUACUAUCGACUACCACAGCAGCUGACGAUGGCGAGGUGAUGUGUGUGACACCCCGUGUUUCUGCUAAAAGGACUCCGCGUAGUAGUCUAAAAAGGAAGCGAGAAGAUGAGGAGAAGGAGAAGGAGAAGGAGAAGGAGAAGGAGAAGGAGAUGCAGGCCAAGCUCCUGGAAGUGUCCAGCAAGCAAGCAGAUGCUUUAAAGCUGUUAGCUGAAUGUAGUGCCGCCAAUACAGAAACCAACAAAUUGAUGGUUGAGGCGUUUAACAGAUUGGUGGACGUCAUUAGCUCCUGGACUUGAUAUUUUUAUAUAUAUAUUUUUAA